AUGGAGAAUGACGACAUUGGUGAUGCGAAAGAUGAUCAUUUGAAUAUGGAUUAUUUAGAUGAUCGGAGGAGUUCGAUUCGGUACUCAAUGUCAUCGAGGUAAAGAUCUGAAAUUUUGAAAAAAUGUAUGUGUAUUGGAAACUUUAGUCUAAAAAAUUUUGAUUUUUUUUAAAGAUUUUCUUGAAAAAUUGAGCUUCAGAUUUCUAGAAUUUUUUCUACAAGACUAAAGCUCAAUGUUAAUUCUGGCGUUUUUCUGAAAACCUCUUCAUUUUAUCUGAAAUCUUCGCUUCUGAUUGAGGCCCUUUAUUUUCGAACACACUUCAAAAGUUCAACCCACUCCUGAACGUUUGAUUUAAACCACCUGCUCAAAAUUUCUCAUUUUUUCAAUUCUCAAAAACAUCCAUCUUCUCGCAAAAAUAUUAUGACGUAUUUAUGUAUAGUCAGACCGAAUCCGCAGAAUUUGAAAUCAGAAAAUCAUGAUACAUAGUUCAUUACACCUGACUCGUUUGGUGCAAAUUUGUAGUCUCUUGAUUUCUCUGGAAGUUUUCUAUUUCUUUUCCCAUAAGAUUUUUAGUGUUUCCGUGUUUUAUGGGCAAAGAUUUGUGUUUGCUCAUAAAAAAUCUAGAAAUUCGAGAAAUAUUCUAAUGCUUUUUGUGAAGAAAAAUGAAUUUCGAAGAGUUCGAUUUUUUUUUUUUGGAUGAAAGGUUGUUUUUUGAAUAAUUGUCGGAAGCAAUCUAAUCAGCUAUUCUGAAAAUUGCACACUUAAACUUUUCUGAACACCUUAAAGUUUUUUUCAAAAAUUGUUUCACGAAUAGAAGAAAAUUUAUGUACAUUUCCCCUAAAAGAAAUUCAAAAACCCUCCACUUGUGGUAAAAUCAAAUUAUUUUUCAGACAUUCUUCGGUCUCGAUAAAUCUCCCGAUGGAAAAUGGACUUCUCGGUACAAAUUACGUAGGUUUUUUGCUUUCUCUUUUUUUUUUUGGAUUUGUCAAAAAAAAUUGGCUAGUCCAAAGAAAGGUUCAAAAUUUGUUCUUUUUUUGGCGAUGUGUGAAUUCUGUUGGUUUAGUUUGAAACUUUGGGAAAAUUAGAUUUUUUGUUGCAUUUUUAAAAUGAUUUCUUGCCUCAAAUGUUCAUCCUUAUCGUAAUUUUCAAAUUUUUCAAAGCCAGGAACUUUUUAAAGUUUAUGUUGAAAACCUCUUUGAAUCUGAAAACCUUUUGUUCGUUAGAAAAUAGAAACAUUUCAAGCUUUUGAUGAUAAAUUUUUGAACUUUUUCAUCCAGACUUUUCUGAACACCGGAAAUUGGAUUUUCCUUCAAUUUUUUCCAAAAAAAAUUCUGAAUGUCAUCCUUGAAAUCCACAACCUUUUUGAAUUUAUUUUGUAAUUGUCAGAUUUAAAGUUCAAAAUAUGUUAUUUGUCUGAUCAUCAGAUUUUUUUCAAAUUUUCUGAAAUCCAGAAUAUCAUUUCAAAAAUACCCUGAAAGAAAACUUUCCAAGCAUUUUUCUUUUUCGUUAAUCCACAUAACCAUAAAAACUAUAAUUUUCAAAGAACCCUCCCCCGAUUUUGGAAAAGCUUUCAUCUCUACCACAAGCCUUCACAAUUCUAUUUUGAUCCUCAUUUUUUUUUCAAUUUCAAAAUUUUCUAGUUAAUGCCACCAAAUGAGAGAGCAUCUUCAUCUCGUUUAUCGACAGGAUCUGCAUGGGACAGCUUUCGUUUAUCCGUCGUUUCAUUCUCAAAGGUUUGUGACAUUUUAAUUAUAUAUAUUUUUAUUUUUAAAACUACUGCCUGCCUACACAGUAUUUUGAUUCUAUUUUUGUUUUUUUUUUCUUUGAACAAGAAAAAAGAAAAACAUUUCUGUUUUGAACUAAAACAGAACAUCAUGGUGAGUCAAAGAAAAGAAUUAUCGAAGAAAAUUUUGAAGGUGAGUUCAGGAAGUAAUAAAAUUUGUAUAUCUUGUAUCCUUUCUCAUAAACGUCAUUUUUGAAAAUCCUACAAAAAUAAAUUGAGUGUUUUUUGUGGUUGCAUAAAUAAAUAAAGUUACAGCAAAAAUGUUGUUUUCUUUUUUUCGAAAUUGGAUAUUUUUUGAGAUUUGUUUGUUUUUCAGACCAAGAAUGCGAAGAAAAACUGAAAUUUUUAAUUAUUUCAGAUAUUUUUUCCAGCAUUUUAGGGUCUUUGAAGAUAUUUAUGUUUGAAAUCUCUUCAUUUUACAUUAAAAUCAUUAAAAUAUUAAAAAAUACAAGAUAAAUUGUUAGAGACAACGUAAAUUGAAGCGAGUGCAGACAUUUUUUUUGUAAAAUUUGCCUAUAUUUUGAUAUCUAGAGAUAACGUAAAAUUGAGAGAGUCUAGACAAAAAACCUGAAUUUUCCGGAAUCUCUCAAUUUCGAGUUGUCUAUAAUCAGAAUAAUAUUUUGUAUUUCUGACCUGCAAAAAAUCCCCAUUAUCAAAAUUUCUAACAAAAACCUGCAUUACUCCACUGGAAAUUUUUAAUCUUAUGUUAUUUCCCUAACAAAAUUAUAUCUAGAAUAACCUUUUCGAUUUAUAAUUGUACCUUUCUUUUUAUUUUAAAUAUACUUGAUUUCACUUUUGAAAAUUUCAGAGCUUCGAUGCAUCAAAAAACAUGAUUUAAUUAAAGUUGAUUGAACAAAUUAAUUACGUAACUUUCAUAAUUUCCAUUUCUAAAAAUAAUGAACUUGGUCCCAUCGAACCCUGAUUAUAUUGCGCCCGAGUAUCCUGAAAAUAUUUCAUGUUUCAAAACGGUAAGAGCUCAUUAAUUUUUUCUCCAUACAUAUUUAUGGAAAAAAUUUAUACUAAUUAAUCAUAUUCUUUUGAAUAAGAAAAAAGAGCAUCUUGAAAUACAUAUGAAUAAUUAAUUUGAUUCAUAUUUCUUUCUCAUUUUCAAGAAUGAAAAAAACUGCAAGACGAGUAAGUUUUACUAACCUUUUUUAUUAUAGGAAUCAAAAAUAACUCUGAAAUCAAUUUUUUCAGGUUUUCCUAGUCGCACCAUGUUCUCGCCACAAAUGCUGUCUGGGUUGUAUUUCUUUGAGCGAUGCUAUUCCACUGAUUUGUGUCGCGGAAAUCUUUACAAUGGGUUGGUCAAAAAAUUUUUUUCAAGAAAAAAAAUCAUGUUUUCAGUAUUCUUGACAAUGGUUGUUUUGGAUUUUUGGAUGACUGAUGGCAAAACUUUUUAUACAUUUUAUUUUGAAGGAUAUGGAAAUGAAAUUGCAUUAUGUUAUGCGAUAUUUUUAUUGGUCUCUCUUCCAAUUUUAUGUGAGUUAUUAGAAGUUAGGAUAAGCUAAAGGGGAUAGGUCGUGGCAUUAGAAUUUUAAAAGUACAUAAGAAUUAAGCAUGGUUUUGAGAUUCACAAAAAAUAUCUGGAUUUUCAAAAAUUAAAGAAACAUUAAGGGUCUCGAAACGAUUUAACAUAUUUUGGAGCAAGGCUUUAACACAAUAAAUAUUAAGUGUUUAAAGGUGCAUGCUAAGAGCACAUAAAUUUAAAGGAGCAUAGAAAAAUUCAGAAAAAAACGCACCCCCUUUAAAUUUAUAUUUUUUCAGUGUUCACUUUAUACUCUUGGUACAUCAAAAAGAAAUAUCUCUAUGUUUUCCACGUUCUCUGGCAAUGGACAGUAAUUGAAAUUCUAUUAUUCUACACUUAUAUUGUCUUCAAAUGGGUUCGAAUAUCUGGCGGAAAUCACAAAACCGGCAUUUUAAUACCAAGCGCAUUUGUUAUUGGAGGCGCUGCGUUUCUUGGUGCACUAAUUGAAUCCUGGUGGUAUGUACAUAUGCUAAUUAGUUUUUUUUUAAUUGCAUUCAGGUUGUUUGUCUUUGUUGAUGCAAUGUUUUUCGAGAAUCGUACAACUGAAAGGAAAUAUUCAUCUUCAGUUCAUAGCAAACGACAAUCUUCUUCACAUCACACAAGAGGAGUUAGUUUUUGUGCACACUUGAUUCUGUGUCUGAAGUGUACACAACUUUGUUAGCAAACUCUUCACAAAAUGUUUUUUUCCAGCUGGAUUACGAAUCCGAGGGAAGUGAUAGUCGCCGAAAUUCAGCCACGAUACCUAUAGUGAAAAUUGACCGCACACAAUCUGUUGAUUAUAUUGAUCCACACGAUGUAUACAGUGCAACUUCUUCUCGACAAUCUGCAGUUGAAAAUGUCUAG